UGCAGCGCUUGCACGCGUGGAGAGGGAGAGCUCCCGGCGCGCGACUCGCCGACGUCCCUGCCUGAAGGCGCUGGAGGCUGUUGCGCUGGUCAUGGCAGUGGCGGCUACUGGUACCUUCAGGCUUCUUCUCAGGGCAGCAGGGAAAGACAAUGCGGGCAGGACGGCGGCUGCGUCUACUACUGCGGUCCCUUUUCCGGACCUCUCCGCCGGGCUCUCUCUUGGCAGCGGCGGCGGCUUAAAAGCGAAGCCUUACUGCACGCUGUCUCCGCAGCAGCAGCAGCCGUCCGCUCCGCCUCCGGAUAUGAAAAGCUACCUGUGGAAAAGCUACAACGAGGCCAAAAGAGUCACCAAAGACCUAGUCCCUUCAAUCAUGAGUAAUUUGUUGAAUCCGGAUGCUAUCUUUUCCAACAAUGAAAUGAGUCUCUCAAAUAUAGAAAUCUACGGCUUUGAUUAUGACUACACUUUGGUCUUCUAUUCCAAGCAUUUGCAUACAUUGAUUUUUAAUGCUGCCCGGGACCUUUUGAUCAAUGAACAUCGGUAUCCUGCAGAAAUCCGAAAGUAUGACUAUGACCCAAAUUUUGCAAUAAGGGGGCUUCAUUAUGAUGUGCAUCGGGCAUUAUUAAUGAAGAUUGAUGCUUUUCACUACAUUCAAUUGGGAACUGUGUACAGAGGAUUGAAUGUUGUGCCAGAUGAAGAAAUAAUUGCUAUGUAUGAUGGUUCCCAUGUGCCCUUGGAACAAAUGAGCGACUUCUAUGGAAAGAGUUCACACGGUCACACUAUGAAACAGUUCAUGGACAUCUUUUCUUUGCCUGAGAUGACUCUCCUGUCUUGUGUGAAUGAGUAUUUUCUGAAGAACAAUAUUGACUAUGAGCCGGUUCAUCUCUACAAAGAUGUGAAGGAUUCAAUCAGAGAUGUACACAUCAAAGGAAUAAUGUACCGUGCAAUUGAAGCAGAUAUUGAGAAAUACAUUUGUUAUGCUGAGCAGACACGUGCUGUGUUAGCAAAGCUGGCAGCUCAUGGAAAGAAGAUGUUCCUGAUCACAAAUAGCCCUAGCAGCUUUGUGGACAGAGGCAUGAAGUACAUAGUUGGAAAAGAUUGGAGAGAUCUCUUUGAUGUAGUCAUUGUCCAGGCAGAGAAGCCAAAUUUUUUCAAUGAUAAGAGAAGGGUAACUUGUAUGAAUUUCUGAAACUGACUGGUUGGCGAGGUUCCAAAGUCUUAUAUUUUGGUGAUCAUAUUUACAGUGAUCUAGCUGAUUUGACCUUAAAACACGGCUGGCGUACAGGGGCAAUUAUUCCAGAAUUACGAAGAGAGAUUAAGAUCAUGAAUACAGAGCAAUACAUUCAGACUAUGACUUGGCUGCAAACCCUCACUGGAUUACUGGAACACAUGCAGAUUCACAAGAAUCCUGAUUGCCAAAUGAUAUUAAAUGAAUGGAAAAAGGAAAGAAAGGAAAUGCGAGAAACGACCAGAGAUUUCUUCAACUCUCAGUUUGGAAGCUUAUUCAGGACCGACCAAAACCCCACCUAUUUCUUAAGGCGCUUGUCUCGUUUUGCCGAUAUCUACAUGGCAUCGUUGAGUUGCCUGUUGAACUAUGACCAUGAUUAUACGUUCUAUCCACGAAGAACUCCUUUGCAGCAUGAACUUCCAAUGUGGUCUGACCAGUUGUGCACGGGUACAUUCAGAAUACCAUUUCUUCAGCAGAUGAUUCAGAUCAAAUAACCUCCCUGACUCCCAGGGUUGCUUUUUUUUGUAAUGCAAUUGUUACCAUAUUACUACGCAGUGGCUUUUUUAAGGAUAUUUAUUGUAAGAGCAACUUUCUCUAUAGUAAUUGGUUCUUGCCGUACAUGCUAUGGAGAAAAUGUGUCUAUUCAGCUGCUCUCUUUAUUUUUUUCUAGUGAGAAUCAAUAAGAACUAUGGUUGCACUAAGAACGGAUUCUUUCCUCCAGUUGGAAGAGGGAAUGGAAAAUUAUUUGCACAUAAAUUUACAUACAGCCCAUAAUAUUUGUCUUAUGCAGUCUAACCAGAGGUGGUAUUCAGCCAGUUCUGAUAGGUUCUAAAGAACCAGCAGUGGAAAUUUUGAGUAGUUCGGAG